CCUCCUUUCCUUUAUUCCUGGCCCCACCUGCCAAAAUGAACAGCUCAGACGGGGAGAAGCAGCUGCAGCUCAUCACCAGUCUGAAGGAGCAAGCCAUAGGCGAAUAUGAAGACCUCAGAGCAGACAACCAGAAAACAAAGGAGAAGUGUGACAAAAUUAGGCAAGAACGAGAUGAAGCUGUUAAAAAACUGGAGGAAUUUCAGAAAAUUUCUCACAUGGUUAUAGAAGAAGUCAAUUUUAUGCAGAACCAUCUUGAAAUAGAGAAGACUUGUCAAGAGAGUGCUGAAGCUCUGGCGACAAAGCUAAAUAAAGAAAAUAAAACAUUGAAAAGAAUCAGCAUGUUGUACAGGGCCAAGCUGGGACCAGAUGUAAUCACCGAGGAGAUCAACAUCGAUGACGAAGAUGUUAGCACAGACCCAGAAGGCACCGCAGAGACCUGUGUCUCUGUGCAGUGUCAGAAGCAGAUCAAAGGUGGGACUCUUGGCUUCGCCACUGAGCAUAUUUUGGAUAAUGUUUCUCAGCCCUGGUUGCCCAUUGGAAUCACCUGAGAACUUUAGAACUUGGGCCCUGCUUCAAAAAAUUUCGGAUUUAAAUGUCCCAAGGAG